AUCUUUCCCAUGAAACUUUUUUGAGCAAUAAUAUUAGGAUUUGUAGGUUAGAGAUUUGCAUUGGAAAAAUCACCAUUAAGUUAACUGUAUGCUUGCAAUGGAUUAUAUAGUAAGUGAAGUUACAACUUACAACAUUAGAAGAGAGGAUGAUGGUAUGGUAUGGUAUGGUAUGGUAUGAUAUGGGCUUUCUUGAAUUAAAGACAUAUAUGCAGUCUUAUGUUUAGUUUGUGAUCUUCUUUGUGUUAUCAAUAUAUUCUAGACAGGAAAUAGCUUUUAGGUUCUUCAGACUUGCUGAAUUUCCCAACAGUCUUUGGAGUUGUUCAUAAGAUGAAUUUUUAUGAUUGAGAUGUGCCUUAACGGGAGUUUGCAACUCUUAAUUAAUACCAAGUAGCAACCAGUCAAGCUGGGACUCUCAUAGGUUCAUAGCUUAACUAAUUCAGUGGACAGAAAAGUGGAGUCAUCAGCGGCACCAAUUACUGCUGCAGCUUCCAGACAAUUCUUAGCAUUUCAAAUGACAAUUUUAGCAUGAUUCGUCUGCUAAGUUGUUGAAAGUAAAGAAACCCACUUUUAGAUGCACUUUUGUUUUGGUACUUCUUCAGUAUUUGCCUGUUUUCGAUUUCCUCUUUGUCCUUCUUGAAUUCUUUUGCAUUUCACAUUUGUCACCCGGCCUCUGCAAACAUGGGACUAAUAUUCACUUUUUGUUAUCACAAACUUGUUUCUCUACAUCCGUAUUGCGAGCAUGUAUCCUAAGAAAGUGUAGGGAGCUGAACAUCAGUUAUUCUUUUUAUAUCUGUGGCAACCCUGAUCUUCAUGGCCCUGCAACAGAAGCACACAAUCUUCAACAUGUCUCUUAAAGAUGACAUACAGUGUUUUUUGGUCCUCAGCACUAUUCUGACAAUAAAUGAUAUUAAUUCACUACUAAUGACACCAAUUUGGCCGUUUUCAUUUGGAAAUUUCACAAAAGAAGUGACCACACGAGCUCUUACAGUCUAAGCCUUUAGGGAGAUUUGAUGCAUCACUCAGCACCAACUUAGGACAGUUCUGUUAGCUAAUGAGUUAGGAAAUCCAGCAUGCUGAGUUGGCCAGUUGACUGUGAAGGUUCAUCAUAUUGUUUAUUCAAUAUAUCUGUGCUAAUCAGAAUCCUGAAUUCCUGACAGGGUCAUUAUGUUUCUAAUGCCGUAUCUUUGUAUUUUCUGAGUAGAAAUUUCAGCGGCACUCAAGUCCUUUUGCAUAACUAAAAUACUGCGUCUUAAUCAGUUGUAAAUAAUCUUAGUUAGCACAUUCUUUAAUCUCUAUAACCAUUUGUUGACCAGAUUAAACUUAGUCAGGCAAGUCUUGUUCUUAUAAACUUAGUCGAGCAGGUUUGAAUAGUUAAUCUUGUACAAGUCAAACGGAAGAUUUUUAAACCCCCCAUAUAUAUUGGAGGCCAUCUCAGUCUCUCUUUCUUACAUCUCUCUUUAAACUGUACUUUGUUCCUUCUAUCUACAUUGCACACUCAAUUUUCCUAUCCAAAAAUGGGUUUAAUCAAUAAACUCAUAAACCUAUCCAUCUCAAUUUCCCCCUUCUUUAUAUUAUGUUCUUUGGCCUUGGAUCAAUAUUUUCAAGACUGUGAACCUAGAGAGUGUGGAAGCAAUACCAUUACUUACCCUUUCUAUAUUCCAGGCCUACAGAAGUCCUUUUGUGGCCACUGGGGUUUUGAAGUCACUUGUAAUAGCAAGAAUCAAACAAUCAUCAAUCUCUCUAAUAAUACAUAUGCUGUUCAAGAAAUUCUUUAUGGAUUUCAAUCUUUGCAUAUAGUAAACACCGCCUUUAUUGAUAGUAGUUUCAAUUGUGCUCCUGAUAUUCAUAACUUCACUUUGGAUAAGAAAAUGUUUCAGUUUAGUUUCCCUGGUGAGGCAUUCUUGUUGCAAGAUUGCACUGAGGAUUUCAAAAAAUCUUUAGGACAAUACAAAGAGGCCUCAUGCGUUUCUGGUAAUAAAAGUGUGGAUCUUCUUGCCAUAAACGCAGAACAUAUGAAUUUGAGCAAAUUUGUUGGCAACUGUGAAAGAUUUGUUUCAGUGCCAUAUGAUAAAGAAAGGAAAAAUGAUACUGAUAUUGAUGGUGCAAUAAGAAAGGGGUUUCAGCUGAAUUGGGUUGUUAGUAAUUGUAGCAUUUGUGCUGAAAGUGGAGGGAGAUGCGGAUAUCAUAUUGAAACUAGUUCACAAAUGCAGUGUUUCUGUCCUCAUGGUGCUUACCCUCAUACAUGCCCGAAGAAGGGUCUGUCUGGAAAAGUAGUGGGAUUAGGCAUUGGAAUUGGAAUUGGAGUAUUUAUGCUUCUGGUUUUAGCACUACCUAUAGCCUUGUGGCACCUGAAGAAGCUGAGAUCUGGUGACUCAAAAUUUGUGGCUCGGAGUGUAUCCCUUGACGGUAGUGCAUCAGAUCUGGAGAGAGGAAACAUAUACUUUGGCGUUCCACUCUUCUCCUACAGAGAUCUUUUAGAAGCUACUGAUAAUUUUAAUGAGUCUAAAGAGCUCGGUGAUGGAGGCUUCGGAACAGUUUAUUAUGGAAAGCUAAAAGAUGGAAGGGAAGUAGCAGUAAAACGGUUGUAUGAAAAGAGCUUCAGAAGGGUGGAACAGUUCAUGAAUGAAGUUCAAAUACUGACACGUUUGAGACACCAACACCUUGUAUCUCUUUAUGGAUGCACUUCCCAACACAGCAGGGAACUAUUACUUGUAUAUGAGUAUGUUGAAAAUGGCACAGUGGCAGAUCAUUUGCAUGGUAAAAAGGCAAAACCUGGAUCACUGACAUGGGCUGUUCGUCUUGGUAUUGCUAUUGAAACAGCUAGUGCACUCUCUUACCUCCAUGCUUCUGAUAUCAUUCAUCGUGAUGUCAAAACUAACAACAUUCUCCUUGAUAACACCUUUAAAGUUAGGGUGGCUGAUUUCGGGCUUUCUAGAUUAUUUCCUACUGAUGUAACUCAUGUCUCAACAGCACCACAGGGUACUCCUGGGUAUCUUGACCCGGAAUAUCACCAAUGUUACCAGCUAACUGGUAAGAGUGAUGUUUACAGCUUCGGGGUUGUUCUCAUUGAGCUUAUUUCUUCUUUGCCUGCAAUUGACUUGGAGAGGCACAGACAAGAGAUCAACUUGUCUAACUAUGCCAUGAACAGAAUCCAACGGUGUGCAUUUGAUGAGUUGGUUGACCCACAUCUAGGUUUUGCUUCAGAUUUCAAGGUUAGGAAGAUGACUACUAUGGUGGCAGAGCUUGCGUUUCAGUGUUUGCAACAUGAUAAAGAGUUUAGGCCGUCAAUGGAUGAGGUGUUUAAGUCCUUGAACAGGAUAGAGAGUGCUGAUUUUGAUGCACUGCAGGAAGAAGAGAUGGCUGUAGAAAGGGUGAAAAUACAAACUAGUAAUCUACCACCUUCACCUAUCGAAAAUGUUCACGCACAGCUGUUGAGUAAUAAUCAGGUACAUCCACCAUCUCCAAUUUCUGUAAUGGAUAAAUGGGACAGUAGAUCCACUAUACCAAGUAAGUAAGUUGAUGCUUUUAUUGUUAAGUAAUUAAAAUGAUAAAGAGGUGCCUUUUGGCACCUUGGGUUCUAGUGUAAAACCAUUGAAUUAUGUCCACAAUUGUAAAAUGGUCCAUACCUGACUUCUUUACGCACAUAUUUGGCAGUUUUGUUGUAAGAAAUGUAUAGAGUAGAUUAAGCCACAUUCUGCAAUACCGCUUCUCCAAAAACACAGUGAAGUUUUUUCAGAGUUCACUGCUGUUUGAUGAAAAUUUGUCUUAACACAAUGCAAUUAUAUAUAUAAACUGAUGUAACGCAAAAAAUUCUGAUUAAAGUAAUGAUUUCUCAUGUUCUCUUGUCA